AAAUUAUGUGCAAAACAAAUAUAAUUAUGCAAGAAAGCAAAUGUAACUGUACGUAGAAUAUUGAUUUAACUGUAUAUAUAACUGAACAUAAAAUAUUAAAUAUAUAAUUUUUAAGUAAAUCUGAAUAUACUAUGAUUAGAGGCGAGAAAAAGGGCCGUCGUGCAUGUGCUUCGUGCGCCCCUCGCAGGGUUCUCCCGCCAUCGAGCUAGACAGAGACGCGCACACCCACACACACGCACAAACACAGAGAGAGAUAGAGAUGGAGAAGGUGAUGCCGUCGUCCUCCUUGGCCACCAUCCCUUCUACGCUGCGACAUCGUUUACUGGAGUUCCUCCUCCACGCUUCUUCGCAACUCCAAUGUCCCCCGAUCGUCAAGUACACAGCUCUCUCCUUCUUCGCCGACCGAUUCCUCCCUUCUCUCCGCAGGAAGGCGAGGUUGCUUGGCGAGAGGGAUGGAGGGAGCUGGCUCUUAGAUCCACCAAGGGAGAGCAAUUUGCAGCUGUUUGCCCUCAUUUCCUUGUGGAUUUCUAGCAAACUUCAUGAUUCUCGUCCCCUGUCUGUGAAGAGCAUCAAGGCUUUGGGAGACAACCUCAUCACCGAUCAGCAUUUCAUGACUCGAGAUUACGCUGAAGCUGAAUUGGUCUUUAUGGAGGUAUUUGGAUUUGAUAUUGGAGCUUCGACCAUUGCAUUCGUCUUCCUUGAGGAUCUUCUCAUUCAGUUCAGGGAAUUGUCAAAGAUUGGGGAACUUUUGAGGUUUGAUGUGUGCAUGGAAAUCAUGGAUCUCCUCUAUGAGACGGAAGACGUGUCAGCGCUCUUCAGCUCCCCCUGUUCUCUUGCAGCAUCCAUCCUUGUGACUGCAUAUACAAUUUCAGUUCCAAAGCAACGAUGGGAAUUUCCAGUUCUACCUUGGG